AUGACAGAUACACAGCCAACACUUAAUGGGCUUGCGGCCAAGAUCACCGAACUUUCAGAUACGCUGACCAAGUACCUUAAUGAUAAAAAUAUUCCUGCGCCAACAUUCGCGGCGGACAGCCCAACCGGCUAUGUCAACCUGUCACCAGAAAUUUUCAUGGUACGACAAGAGCUUCUGGACGCAUUGAAUGAUAUGUGCCCUCAACACACUCAAUUAUUUCGACUUUGGUCUGCUGUGCCUGUCGAAGGCUCUGCUUCAUAUGCAGAUAUCGCGAAGCAUACAUCUCCACCCGAAGAUGUCGCUCAUCGUAUCUUGCAACAUGCUAUGAAUCUUCGGAUAUUUUCCGAGACUGAGCCUGGAAAGCCAUCGUCACGUGUUCAGCAUACAUCCCGAUCAGCUGCACUUGCACGCUCUGGUGGUCUGAGGGCCCUUGUUUCCACGAUCCUGAAUGAUGCAGGGGCCCCAAUGAUGGUCCUGAACGAAGCACUAGAGAGAUACACCCGUGGGAAACCAGCUCUAACACAGGAGGUGGGCGAAUCUUCAUUCGCGUUGUUCCAUAGUAGUGGGAUAUAUGGGAGAUACAACACCUCGUGGGAGCUACUGGAAAAUGACGGGAUAGGUGAGAAGAAGGGCUGGCGAGCGAAGAACUUCGUAGAGUUUAUGCGGUAUGUUAAGGAGAUCUUCCAUCUUGAAGAUGUGGUGCUGGAGUCGUACGACUGGAAAGCAGCAGGGAAGGCUGCCGUGGUGGGCGGCUCUGCUGGGCAUGACGCGGUAGUUCUGGCAAGGCACUUCCCAGAUCUGAACAUCAUAGUCCAAGACCUGCCGAAAGUCCGGCCUGUGUUCGAAGCGGACCUACCCUCAGAUUUGAAGUCCCGCGUGUCUUUCAUGGAGCACGACUUCUUCCAACCGCAGCCGGUUCAAGCUGAUAUCUACGUGUUCAAAAUGAUUCUCCACGACUGGCCCGACCAUGAGGCUGCGAGAAUACUGCGUGCCUUGGUUCCUGCGCUGAAGCCAGGUGCGCGGGUGAUCCUUUUUGAAUAUAUUGGCAAACAGGACAGCACAACGGGAGCUCAAUUGCCACGUUCCUUUCAGCAAAUGGGCACAGCAACAGAUCUGAGAUUGAUGGCGCUGUUCAAUGGCAAAGAGCGUCCAGCGCAUGCUUGGAAACAACUUUUUGCUUCCGCAGACGAGCGUUUUGAGAUUGCUAGAAUAAACGCGAAUCCAGUGGCUUUUUUUGUUGUGGUUGAGGCUGUUUGGCGGGAAUGA